AUGCCAACUUUGUUACAAAGACUUGUUUUCCAAGUGGGUCCAGUUCCCAACGAGAGGGCUUUUGUUUUAUCCUCGGUUUCCACCGACGGGCAUUAUAUCUCAUUGAGACCUUUUGUGAAGCCAAGAAAUGCCUCUGAAGAAGCUUUUCCCUUUGAGUGGGUCUUUGCUGGCACAAACCAGAAUGUUGUGGUAAAUCAAAAAAGCGAAGCUAUUGUUACUCAGGAUUUUAACAACUGGUUCGACUCCAAUGUCUACUUAAAUCUUCCAAACACCCAUCGUGGUGAAAUCAAUACAACAUGGGAAAACUGGGAGUCUGGUUGUAUCGCAGAGACAGGCUCAGUAUUUCCUGCUGGUCGCGAGCUAGAUGGUGUUCCAUUCUUUGAACUAUGGCAACCAUUGGACUCGACAAGGGAUGAAUUAGUAGUUUCCACUCCUCAGAACGAAAAAUCUGCUAGCUCUGCCAAAUCCAUCGUUUUCAAGACAACUGAAGGUUCUGGUUUCGACGGAUUGGUCGUUGUAACUGGCAGAUGGGCUCAAGGUUUCCUAAGCAAGCAAAAUGAUGGUACUAUUAAUGGAAUGAACUUUAUCAGAACACUGGAAACAGGAAACUCCAACGUUGUCCAGACCUUACUUCAAUACGGUAGGGACGCCGAUAAAUUCCCAAGGAAAUUCGACGGUAUCAAACUAGGUGAUGUUGUCGAAGCUAAUGGCUUGAAAUGGGAAGUCAUUGAAUCAUACUUAUAG